AUGGCCGUUCCGCCGUACCAGAUUGGGUCCCGUGCCCCCGGCCACCCCGGAAACAACCCGGCUGACGAGACUUCCGUCUCCGACGAACCUACGAGCAAUUUAAUGGAUCUGUCUAUGCCUCAGUCCGAACGAGAGGGAGAUGAUCAGCGUCGGGAGUCUCGUUCCCAGGCUACCUUGGGUGGAAUACCCACGCUUCAGUUUCCCUCCGAUGGCCCCGCUGGCAUAUUGCAUGGAUCCGAUCCUAGUGCCACCAACAAUGAAUCGGUUGGAUCCGAGACCAGCGCGAUAAUGGACUUUGAUCCGAACACCACUAGCCGCAGCAUGUCGCCAGUGGAACCCAACAGGGAUUCACGCCCCAACCACAGCGACGAUUCCAAUGUUGACUUCAACCUAGACGCCGGCGAUGACUACCACGAGUUCAACCAACUCAAUACCGAUGAUCAAGCUCAGAGGAUUGUCGAUAUUGCGUUUCAACUUUUGGUCAUUGCUAGGCUCGGCCCCGAUUCCACUUCCGCCUCGUUGUCGGAGGACGCGAGUCGCUUCGUGGAUGCUGCCCAGCGUGUUACUAAUGCCGCGGUUGGCCGCAGCGGAGCUGAGAGUACCCGACACCGCCGGCGUCGGCUCCGAUGGAGUCGUGGAAGGGCGCGUCAUGAUUAG